AUGGUCGCGAAAGGCUCCUCAAUGCGCUGCCAUCUGAGGCGUCGGUGUCGCUCUUGGUGCAGAAUGCUGCCAUUGGGGACCCAGGGCCGCUGGCCGAGUUGGAAAUCCAUCACUUCGAGGAACGCUGAGGGCCUGAACGUUGCUGUCGGUUCGCUGAGCCCAGGUCUGGUUGACACCGAAGGCGUCCGAGAUCACGUCGCCAAGGCUCGACGCCUUGACUUGCCUCACGUUGCCUUCUUCGAUCAGGCGUUUGAGCAGGGCUGGGCGACGGAGAUGGAUCAGCUGAUGUGCUUCGUGGAUGAGGUCCUGAGCAUGCCCAGGGAGCAGUUCACCUCGCAGGAGUGGCGAUUUUCGGAGUGGCGGAAGAAGGUGGAGCAGCAUGAUGCGCCUCAGAGUGAGAGCUCCUUGUGA